AUGAGGAGGGAGAACCAGAGCCGCGUGUCCCAGUUCCUCCUCCUGGGGCUCCCCAUCCUGCCGGAGCAUCAGGGCGUGUUCUUCGCCCUGUUCCUGGGCAUGUACCUGACCACGGUGCUGGGGAACCUGCUCAUCAUGCUGCUCAUCAGGCUGGACUCUCGCCUCCACACCCCCAUGUACUUCUUCCUCAGCCACCUGGCCCUCACUGACGUCUCCUUCUCAUCUGUCACUGUCCCCAAGAUGCUGAUAAACAUGCAUACCCAGGAUCAAUCCAUCCCUUAUGCAGGGUGUGUAACACAGAUGUAUUUUUUCAUAUUUUUUGGUUGUAUUGAUAAUCUCCUUCUUGGAGUGAUGGCCUAUGACAGGUACGUGGCCAUCUGUCACCCUCUCCACUAUACCACCAUCAUGCAAGAAAAUCUGUGUAUCUCACUAGUGGCUGGGUCCUGGUUAUUCUCCUGUAGCAGUGCAAUGUCCCACACUCUCAGCCUGGCCCGGCUGUCUUUUUGCGCUGAUAACACAAUCUCUCAUUUCUUUUGUGAUCUUGCUGCUUUGCUCAAAUUGUCCUGCUCUGACACCUCUAUCAAUGAGCUGGUCAUCUUCACUGUGGGGGCACUGGGAAUCAUCAUACCGCUGAUUGGCAUCCUAAUCUCUUAUGUCCGCAUUGGGGUUUCCAUCCUGAGAGUUCCCUCUACCAAAGGGAUCUGCAAAGCCUUGUCCACCUGCGGCUCCCACCUCUCUGUGGUUUUUCUAUUCUAUGGGACAAUUAUGGUACUGUACAUUUUCCCAUCAUCAAACAACUCCGAUGACAAAGACAUCGUUGCUUCAGUGAUGUAUACAGUGGUAACUCCUAUGCUGAACCCCUUCAUCUACAGCCUGAGGAACAGAGACAUGAAGGGGGCAUUGGGGAGACUUUGCAGGAGGUAG